UAUAGAUAGAGACAGACGUAAAUACAAAAUAUGGUGUGGUGGGAUGGCGUGUAUCUCAAGUCCGGCAUAAGCGCCUCAAGCAAAGCAGACCAGCCCACUGCACCACUUCAGACGUCACAAAGACAAAGAGAAAACACGCACCCACACCCCCCACUGUGUGUCAAUCACAUUUUUUGUCCUCUUUUUCCCCACCCCACCACAGCAGAGGUGUUUUCUUCUGGCCCAGUUGUUUUGGGGAGGCCAAUUUCUUGAAACAAGGAUGAAUGAACAUCAGCAGCUAGAGGUGCAGUACAUGGACAGCGGCUACUCUUACCCUGUCUGCUCAGAGGGCUUCAUGGAUUUCUUUGGCGGGGUUCCAGCGGCCCCUUUGCAUUAUGUUAACAUGCUGCCGAUGCAUGAUCAGGAAUCUGCAUAUUGGUCAAUGCAUAUGAGUUCAUACAAAUACGGAGUGUCUGGUUCAGAGAGUACUUCUUAUUAUGGUCUCAAUGAGUACAAUGACCAGGACCCAAGACUGGAUUUUAAUAGGAGAUCCUGGGAAUACCCUUCAAUGACAACUAUAGAAGAACCUGUACCUGUAGAUAUACCAUCCGAGCAAAAUACGGUUUCUGCUGAGCAUUCUAUUACGAAUGUAGAGGAAAGCUCACCAAACGACCAAAAUGAUGGCAGUACCCAGGUCUUAUGGCAAGACGAUAUUGAUCCUGACACCAUGACGUAUGAGGAACUGCUUGAUUUAGGCGAGGCAGUGGGAACUCAGAGUAGAGGACUUUCGCAAGAGCUCAUAAAUAUGCUUCCGACCUCAAAACACAAGUCUGGUGGAAUCUUCUCAAGAAGAAAAUCUGGAGACAGAUGUGUCAUUUGCCAGAUGCGAUACAAACGAGGGGACCGACAGAUCAAUUUGCCAUGCAAGCAUGCAUACCAUACUGACUGCGGCUCCAAGUGGCUUAGCAUCAACAAGACAUGUCCAGUUUGCAACACUGAGGUAUUUGGUGACGAGUCAACGCAUUGAUUGAUCAAACAAACUAACCCAACGCCUUAUGGUGAACGGGGCGUGUGUCUUUAUACAUUCUUUGACGAUCUCUCUUUUCUCCAUACAUAGAAGCAAUGCAGACUCUAACUAGUUCCCUUUCUCCCCUGUGGUGUAGUAGAUCUACUUAUAUUUAUCAGAGCGACUUUGAAUUUUUUGUAUGCUAAUGCUGAAAGCUGCUCUCUCAGUUCUUUCAACAUACUUUUGUCACAAGUUAGUUUUGGAACUUGCAAGAUUACUGAGCAUUACUGUUUUCUUGGAAAGUUAAU